AUUGUGAAUAAUUUUUUUUUUUUUAUUCUUUGAGUACGUAACGCGACACAAUUUGGUUUAUAUGUAUUAUUCAUUUCUUAUUUUUUCUUGUACUGGGUCUGCGACAUGUUGUGUGUAUCGGAAUGCACCAUUUCCGUGGGAAAUGGUUCUUCGGCGCGACACUAGCGCCACCACUUGCCUGCCUGUUAGUGCGGCAAAAACAAGAAACAAGAGUUUUUCGCGCGAAGCCGCUGUAGCCGCAUCGGCACGCGCAUAAUAUUUAAUUAGUGUGUAAAGUUCCCCCUUUCAUAUAAAAAACUGGAAAAUAGUGACAGUGACCUAUGACUACAUGUGAAGGAUAGAUGAACUGAUUCUGUCGGCAAUACUCAUCCUCUACCAGGACCUUCGGACGUGGUUGCGGGACGAUUCACGGUAAGUCGUCAGACCUAGGCCAUAUCCUAAUCAUAAAUUUGGUCCAUUCGAACCGGAUACAUAUUUUCCAGUUUGUGUCGUGUUAUUUAGCAGUAUUUACGUACUCAUUUUCAAAUUGUAAAAUCACGCGUUCGAUUCUUAGCGUCCCCCGCCAUCUUUUGUUUCGCAAAAUGUCGGAAGGUGAAGAAUUAUCGCCGUGUGAACAAGAUAUUUUCGAAAGGGAUUUAAUUCUUGAUGAACUCAAACGUAUCAUUCUACUCGCGAAGACGAACGAACAACAAUUUCGCUCGCGUACUAUAGACCUGGCGGCUCACCAAAGAAAGUUUACAAAGGUUCAGACUAAAAUUGAAAAGUUUCUCAUCAGAUCCAAAUCAUUUAGCAAAGAUGAUAACAUAAAGAUUCGUAAUUAUUUUAAUGACUUGUACUACGAAAUUGUCGGUCACUUAAACUCGUUAAAGUCGAUGGAUGAGCGUCAGCGCCGUUUCAAUCGGUCAAGUAAUUGUUCAUUUGAUGCAAUUGGUAACGAUAAAAGAAAUUUACCUACUUUACCUUUACCUGAAUUCAAAGGCGAUCCUACGGAUUGGCCAUCAUUUUAUGAUUUGUUCAAAUCGUUAGUGCAUAGCAACAAUGCCUACUCUAAAGCAGAGAAACUUAGAUAUCUUCUACUUGCAGUGAAAAACGAACCGUAUAACCUGAUCAAAUCCAUACCUAUCACGGAAGAUAACUACCCGAUCGCGUUAGAAAUAUUGUUAACCCGCUACGAAAAUAAAAGAGUAAUUGCGUCGAAACAUCUAGAUCGAAUUUUAGACAUAGAAUCGUGUUCAGAUAGAUCUCCGUAUAGUGUACGAAAAUUGUUAAAUGUCUAUCAGGAAAACAUGAAGGCGUUAGAGGUCAUGGACUUUCCGACUCAUGAGUGGAGUUUCGUUCUCCUACAAAUUUUACUACGUAAAAUUCCGAGUAGUAUGAGAAAGGGAUUCGAACGUUCAUUGGCCAAGCCAUCCGAUAUUCCAGAAGUAGACACAUUGGUUUCAUAUUUACAACAUGAAAUCGCCGCGGAAGAAAUGGUAUCUCCUAGCUCCUCAAGUACCUCCGCACAGCACGCUAACAAACAGAUAUCGUGGGUAGGUAAUCCGCUGCCAUUACAGCCGCGUAGCUACAAUGUAAGUCCGAACAGUUUUGCGCCGGUAAAGCGAUCGUUUGCCGCCAACGUGUCAUCAGACCAAACUCGACCUACAGUCGAUAGUAAUAAGGUUCGAACUUGCUUGAAGUGUAACGGUUCACACAUUUUGACAAAAUGUGCAGAGUUUUUAAAUCUUUCCCCACAGGAUAGGUAUUCCCUUGUACAAAACAAAAGUGUUUGUUAUAAUUGUUUGAAUGUCGGUCACGACGUAAAAAAUUGCAUUUCUAAUUUUGUGUGUAGAACGUGUCAUAAACGACAUCAUAGUUUAUUACAUUUUACGAAUCAACCGGCUCAAGCGCUAGCGGUUGCAAGCGAAACCAAGCAACCUAUUGUUGUUCCGCUCACUCCUAUGCAGGAGAAGCCGACUCCGAUCGCGGUACACGGAAAUUGCGCAUCUAACUUACCUCUCGCUCGCACUGGAACAGUGUUGUUAUCGACAGCACUAGUGGAUAUUGGCAUAGGUAAUAAUAUGACGAUUUCCACUGUUAGAUGCAUGGUAGACACGGGGAGCCAGGCAUCGUUUAUUACCGAAGCUUGUGUGCAGCGCUUAGGUCUAGCGCGCCGGCAUAGCAACGUGCCGGUGUUCGGUAUUGGUGACACCGGACCCGUGCAUCCAAAAGGUUUAGUUUCGUGUUCCAUUGCGCCUAAAGGUCAACAACAACCUGUCAUUCCGGUAAAUGCGUUAAUUUUGCCCGAAUUAAUUCCAAAAAUGCCAAGUGUACCUUUACCGUAUACCGGGUGGUCACAUUUGAAAAAUCUGAAGUUAGCUGAUCCGGACUUUCAUACGCCCCAGCCUGUUGAAAUGUUACUAGGAGCGGAUAUACUAUCCCACGUGUUACUAGGCAACACUAUCGUAGGCCCGCCGGGCACGCCGAUCGCUAUGAAUAGUGUGUUCGGUUAUUUACUUUUAGGCAAAUUAGAUUUAGAUUCUUCUGUUCCAACUUCAUUUCAAGUGUGUUUUAGCUCGUUUGACAACGACAACCUUCAGAGAUUUUGGGAGCUGGAAUCAAUACCAGAGAAACGGAGUUACACUCCAGAUGAGGAGUUGUGCGAAUCCUUUUUUCAAAAGACGCACACUCGUAAUGCGGACGGGCGAUACGUGGUCGCCCUCCCGUUUAAGCCCGACGCACCGUCUCUCGGCGAGUCGCGGUCCAUUGCGCUAGCUCGGCUUCAUAAACUAGAAUAUCGGUUAGAACGCAACCUCAAGUUGAAGGCUGAUUACCACGCUUGUCUCCAGGAAUACGUAGACCUCAACCACAUGGAGCUCGUCGAUGAUCAACCUUCAGUUAGUGAAAGUUAUUACAUUCCGCACCACUGCGUGGUCAAAGAAUCGAGUGAGUCGACGCCUACACGUGUGGUGUACGACGCCGGUUGUCGCUCAACUAGUGGGUAUUCGCUCAAUGACGUUUUACUAACGGGUCCUAAGCUUCACAUGGACAUAGUGGACGUCCUUCUUAAAUUUCGUGUCCAUUCAAUCGCGCUUACUGCCGACAUAAAACAAAUGUAUCGUAAUAUACUUGUUCGUGAAAGUGACAAAGAUUUUCAGCGUAUUGUGUGGCGCACAUCACCAGAGCAAACUAUUCGUGACUACCGUUUGCGUACAGUCACAUUCGGUGUGAAAUCGUCACCUUACCUCGCUCUGCGUACAAUAAAACAACUCGCUCAAGAUGAGGCCGAGCGGUUCAAACUCGCGUCGCCCGUUUUACUUAACGAUGUUUUCGUCGACGACGUCGUAUCUGGCGAGGACUCUGAAGUCAGCGCACUCGCGCUACAACAAGAGCUGAUAGGUAUUUGUGGGGCGGCUGGGUUUGAAUUGCGCAAAUGGCACAGCAACUCGCCAGCGUUACUCGCUGCGGUGCUGCCAUCAGAGUCUCAUGGUGAGCGGCCGGAGAACGUUCUCUUCGCUGAAAUGGAGAUCGACAAAAAGGUUAAGGUUCUGGGCUUACAGUGGAACCCUAAAUCUGAUUCAUUCAAUUUUAAAGUCCAAGUUUCAUCGAUUAAGUGUACAAAGCGUGUCAUUCUUUCAGAAAUAGCAAAAAUAUACGACCCCCUCGGGCUAUUAUCACCGGUCACAUUGUUUGCCAAACAUUUGAUUCAACUCUUAUGGAUAGCCAAAGUCGAUUGGGAUGAGACGCCGCCUGUUGACAUAGUAAAUUCGUGGUCUUCUUUCGUUGACGAGCUCCCACUCAUCUCACAAAUCUCAUUUCCGCGUUAUAUAUUUAACAAUACCAAUCCCGAACCGAUACAAAUUCACGGUUUUGCUGACGCUUCCGAGAAGGGUUUCGGAGCAUGUGUAUAUAUUCGUUACAAAGAUCAAGAAGAUUUCAUUCAAACUCACCUGAUUAUAGCCAAAACUCGCGUCGCACCGUUGAGUGUGCGUCUCACUAUUCCUCGCCUCGAACUAAUGGCGGCAGUCCUCUUAUCUAAAUUAAUUGAAAAGGUAAUGCUCACUUACAGUGGUCGUGUUCGCUUCGACCAGGUCUACGCUUGGUCCGACGCAUCCAUCGUGCUAGCAUGGCUACACUCAUCUCCGCACGAAUGGAAAACCUUCGUUUCGAACCGUGUCAGUGAGAUUUUGCGCCGCAUACCCGCGGACCGCUGGCGCCACGUCCCGUCGGCCGACAAUCCCGCCGACGCUGCGUCUCGUGGCCUUUUGCCCGCCGCGCUCGUACAGCAUGACUUAUGGUACCACGGACCCUCGUGGCUACAUCUGGGUCAGAACUCCUGGCCGAUUCAAAAUCCCGUAAGAGACACAUGCGAAGAAAAACGCAACGUAUCGGUGUGUUCCAGCGCGUCAACGGCGCCGCCUAUACAGGAUGUUGAUUUUAUUACGCGAUUUUCGUCGCUCGGGAAACUUGUUCGUGUCACCGCACUCAUCUUUCGGUUUUUCAACAAAUGUAAAAAAACACAACAAUCGUUUUCAAGGUACAUUACCGUGACAGAAUAUAAUUUCGCAUUAAAUCGGCUCAUUCGAAUUACGCAGCAAUCCGUGUUUAGCGAAGACAUAAUCAAUAUCCGAGUGGGUAAAUUACCAUCAACGAAUUUGCGUCGUUUAACGCCAUACUUGGAUGAUACGGACGAGUUACUUAAAGUUGGUGGUCGAAUCCAUAAAUCGCUUUUACAAUUUGAAUCCAAACAUCAAUUAAUUCUACCUAAAAAACACCCUUUAACUAAUCUUAUUAUUGACGAUGCACACUUAUGUAAUUUACAUGCCGGACCGCAGUCCGUUCGCUACGCGCUUUUACAACGCUAUUGGAUUUUGUCAAGCCGUAACAUCGUGCGGCAGCGCAUACAUCGCUGCGUGCAGUGCUUCCGCGCGCGCCCGACGCACAAUCAACCGCGCAUGGGACCACUCCCAGCAGUUCGUGUUCGCCCCGCGCGACCGUUUCUAAAGACCGCGGUAGAUUUUGUUGGUCCAUUUUACGUGCGCGCCAAUAAGGUGCGUAAUGCAAAAAUUAUAAAAUGUUACGUGUCGGUUUUCGUGUGUAUGAGCGUUAAAGCGAUACACCUCGAAUUAGUUUCAGAGCUUUCCACAGAAGCCUUUAUAGCAGCCCUGCGACGUUUCACGUCCCGUCGUGGUUUAUGCACCGAUAUUUAUUCAGACUGUGGAAAGAACUUUGUCGGGUGUAACCACUAUCUUCAAGACCUUUACGAGUUUUUACGAAGGGAAUCUGUGCAAAGCGCACUUAACCAACAAACCCUUCAACAGGGAAUUACGUGGCACUUUCAACCUCCAUACGCGAGCCAUUUCGGAGGACUACAUGAGUCUGGUGUUCGUAGUUUUAAACACCAUCUUCAUCGCGUUGUAGGUAAUCGCAUCCAAACGUACGACGAGAUGCAUACGUUCUUGUGUCAGGUCGAAGCGAUCUUAAAUUCGCGUCCACUUUGCGUUUUAAGUUCAGAUGCUUCGGAUCCCCUUUCAUUAACACCUUCCCAUUUUUUAAUCGGAGAGCCCAUGACAGCUCUGCCUGACGUAUCAUUGAUAGAUGAGUCACCGAAUCGUCUCACUCGCUGGCGCUGGAUUCAACAAUCCAUCCAGCACUUUUGGAAGAGAUGGAGCAAAGAAUAUCUCCACGAACUUCAGCAAAGUAACAAGUGGCUUCAGGACAAGGGCGUCGCCCUUCGUGAAGGCACUGUUGUGGUGGUAUGCGACGACCGCUUGCCGCCGUUGCAAUGGAGGUUGGCGCGCAUCCACGAACUUCAUCCCGGCUCGGACAAUAUCACACGAGUUGUAACCAUUAAAAUGGGAAAUUCCCUUUAUAAACGACCCGUGGUUAAAAUAUGUCCUCUUCCCUUGGAGUAGUUCAAGUCAUUAAUUAUUAGUUUUUUGAAUUUAUUAGUUUCGAGUAAGUUUUUUAAGCUUUACGUUCUUUCGAUAUUAGUUUUAACUUUUGAAUAUUAAAAGCAACUACGUGCUUUUAAGGUGAGCGGCAUGUUCCGUCCCGUAACAGUUUGUUCUAAAAUACAUAUUUAUAUUAUUAUUAUUUUUUUUAUUGUGAAUAAUUUUUUUUUUUUUAUUCUUUGAGUACGUAACGCGACACAAUUUGGUUUAUAUGUAUUAUUCAUUUCUUAUUUUUUCUUGUACUGGGUCUGCGACAUGUUGUGUGUAUCGGAAUGCACCAUUUCCGUGGGAAAUGGUUCUUCGGCGCGACACUAGCGCCACCACUUGCCUGCCUGUUAGUGCGGCAAAAACAAGAAACAAGAGUUUUUCGCGCGAAGCCGCUGUAGCCGCAUCGGCACGCGCAUAAUAUUUAAUUAGUGUGUAAAGUUCCCCCUUUCAUAUAAAAAACUGGAAAAUAGUGACAGUGACCUAUGACUACAUGUGAAGGAUAGAUGAACUGAUUCUGUCGGCAAUACUCAUCCUCUACCAGGACCUUCGGACGUGGUUGCGGGACGAUUCACGCCUGGUUGGAGGACGCCCCACGCUCCUGGUACCCAUCCGUGGCCUCCAUUCGAGGACUUUCCGCCCCCACCUGGCGUUGCUGGCUCGACAGAUGUGACCGGCCCAUUGCCACUUCAGCCUGCUAACUUUGAGAGCUAUGUCGUCGACUUUGGUUCUCCGUCGAAUUUCUUCGUUCCGGAUUUUGUCCCUUAUAGAAAUACCUUAGUGCGCACGGCGGGAAAUCGUUGGAUGCGGAAGGCGAAGGACCGCAUUAUGUGGAAGGCAUUGGGGAAGGCCUAUGUUCAGCAGUGGGCUGAUAAAUGAUGAUGAUUAUGAUGAUGAUGUUUCUAACGUCCAUCCGAAUGGUUUUAAAAAAACCGACUUUUAUUUAUCCCUCAAUGUGACAUUUUAAUUACAGUCGUACGUGCAAAAAGAGAAAAAAAAACAAUUACAAAAAUGCACUUUUGUUUUUUUAUCGCAAAAUGACACAAACGAAGAUUAUUAUACAUACUAGAAUAACACAAAGGACGCUGCAACUCAAUACGGCCCGUACUGCUUUAGUAAGCUCACUAUACGAACGACCUUAAUCUUGAACGAUAGUGCUGCAAGCCAGAGCAGCGCCCUCGCCUUAUCACAUUAUAUUAAUAUUGUCUUUCGCCUUAUUUAAUUUAGUUUCGCUUAAAACAAUACAUUGAACUUAACUAACCUCAUUAUCUUACUAUUGUCUCAUUGUGAAUGAUAGAUGAAAGAGUGCUCGACAGCGCGUAAUGUCGAUAUAGAAUUAAAAUAACUUAGGUUUACUUGAACAUGAAACAAAAAGGUUUAAUUUAAAAUAAUUUUAAUUUAAUUGUUGUGAAUUUAACAACAGUAAAACCUUUUUGGAAAAAUAAUCGUCUUAAAUUAAAAGAAUAAGGAGGAUGUUCUCAAUUCGCGGCAUUCGUUUUUAUUGGUAAACUGACAUUGAUACUGAUUUGAACCAUUGUCUCGGCAAUAAAAUUUUAGUUACUGUGCAGCUUUUUAUUGCAGGACAUAGUAAUUGUUAAUUUUUGUCACAAACAUUCUUAUGAUAUCACUCACAAGAUAAGACACAAUGAGCUUAUUAUAAAUAAGGAUAUUCCGGGAACAGGCCAGUGCUUGCCUUGUUACAAUUUCACGAUAAUUUAGAUAUCAGCGAAUCUGCCUAUCCAUGUGUCACAGAUACAUUGUUACUUCGUCGAUUUCGAAGAAAUUUGUUGAAUCGUUUAUUUGUAAGGAUCGUUUAUUUGUAUAUUAUAGCGCCAGUUCAAAUGUAAUUCAAUUGAACAAAUAUUUAACGACAUUAAACUAUUAAAUAUUUAUCGAAAAUAAACAUGAGCAAUUUCCAGUAGAGUUA